ACGGUGCGGAACGCCGUUGACUCCAGAAUACUUCACGAAUCUCAAAGAAGGGAGGACUCUCUCAGUUCCAACCUACCACCUCAACGCAAUACGCGUAACCAAAAACACACAAAGAAAAGGCAAAAAAGGUAAAAAAAAAAAUGAAGGCCUUGUUUCAACAUCGUCCCCACGGCCCCGUUCUCCACUUCCAGAAAGUCCACUUCGACGACCUCCCCCUCCCCCGCCGCACUCGCCUCCGUCCCCGGAGCCUCGCCUCGGAGGCGGAGUCCAUGGCGCUCGCGGAGAAGGCGAAGGGGGCCGCGGCGGCGGCGGCGGCGGCCAAGGAGAGCAAGCUGUGGGGCGGGCGCUUCGAGGAGAGCGUGACCGACGCGGUGGAGAGGUUCGGCGAGUCCGUCUCCUUCGACAAGGAGCUCUACAAGCACGACAUCAGGGGGAGCAGAGCCCACGCCAACAUGCUCGCCCAGCAGGGUUUGAUUACUGACAGUGACAGGAAUAGCAUUUUGCAUGGCCUUGAUGAAAUAGAGAGACGCAUUAAAUCUGGUGAAUUUGAGUGGAGGAGAGACAGGGAGGAUGUUCACAUGAAUAUUGAAGCAGCACUAACCGACUUGAUCGGUGAACCUGCAAAGAAGCUCCACACUGCGAGAAGUCGGAACGAUCAAGUUGUGACAGAUCUUAGAUUGUGGUGCCGUGAAGCCAUUGAUGAAAUUCUGACUCGCAUCAGGCAACUUCAGGUGGCGUUGGUUAGAUUAGCUUUGAAGAAUGAGGGAUUAAUAGUUCCUGGCUAUACUCAUUUGCAGAGGGCACAGCCUAUUUUGCUUCAGCAUCUUCUGUUAUCGUAUGUUGAACAGCUGGACCGUGAUGCUGCUCGGCUAAUCAAUUGCAAGGACCGGUUGAACUUUUGCCCACUAGGUGCUUGUGCUUUGGCUGGUACUGGUCUCCCAAUUGAUAGGUUCAUGACUGCAAAAGAGUUAGACUUCACUGCCCCUAUGAGGAACAGCAUCGAUGCAGUAUCAGACCGCGAUUUUGUGUUGGAGUUCUUAUCGGCAAAUUCCAUCGCGGCCGUUCAUCUUUCACGACUUGGUGAAGAAUGGGUCCUAUGGGCAUCAGAGGAAUUUGGGUUCUUGACACCCAGUGACUCGGUUUCAACUGGAAGCAGUAUAAUGCCACAGAAGAAAAAUCCUGACCCUAUGGAACUUGUCCGUGGGAAGUCUGCAAGAGUUGUAGGAAAUCUUGUGACUCUUCUAGUUCUCUGCAAAGGGCUUCCCCAAGCCUACAAUCGUGACCUACAAGAAGACAAGGAGCCUUUGUUUGACAGUGUUAAAACAAUACUAGGAAUGCUUGAAGUAUCCACCGAGUUUGCGCAAAACAUAUCUUUUAACCGGGAAAGGAUUCAACGUGCUCUACCGGCUGGGCAUCUCGAUGCCACCACCCUCGCAGAUUAUCUUGUGAAGAAGGGAAUUCCAUUCAGGACUUCUCACGAAAUUGUCGGAAGGUCUGUUGCUUUGUGCAUUGCUAGGAAAUGCCAGCUCUCAGAACUUACUCUCGAGGACCUGAAGAAGAUACAUCCCGUGUUCGACGAGGAUGUUUACGGCUUUCUGGGAGUGGAAAAUUCCGUUACGAAGUUUAUCUCCUACGGGUCGACAGGUUCAUCAGAAGUAGCCGGGCAACUCCGCCACUGGGUUUCAAAACUCAGCAUUGCUGAAGAGCCCUAAAGUUGGUCAGGUUAGAGCUUCGAACAAUGAAGUCGCGUGCUCUGGUAGUUGAAAUUAUUAUGAUGAUUAAAACGAAUUUCUUUUCUCUUUUGCUCUUCUUUUCUGGAAUGCUAGAGAGUGGGGGACCUAAGUUAUUUGGCUAAUGUAAAAGAAUCGUAUUGUUGGAUCAGAAUCAUGUUUUGUUGAGUGUUUCAGGUGUGCUCAAGCUCCUAAACAUUUUUCAUUAGGAACUGCUGUAGCUUUUGUUGAGCUUAUGAAGUGUUUAUAUGAACUGAUUCGAUUCGAUCCGAUAAA